UUUCUAUUCUUGACCUUUCCUGACCUUUCGUCUCCUUGUCUUCAGGACAUCCUGGAGAACGACAGCAUCACUCUGGACUGGAUGUUUAAGUAUUCCCUCAUCAAUGACAUUGUAAAGGGCAUGGUGUUCCUUCAUAACAGUGUCAUCGUAUCGCACGGCAAACUGAAAUCGUCAAAUUGUGUUGUGGACAACCGCUUUGUCCUCAAGAUUACCGACUAUGGACUGUCCAGCUUUAGAUCGGAUCUGGACUCAGGAAGCGACGCUCAUGCCUACUACGCCCAAAAGCUGUGGGUUGCUCCAGAGCUGCUACGGAUGGAGUCUCCUCCUCCCCAGGGAACUCAAAAAGGAGACGUCUACAGUUUCGGGAUCAUCCUCCAGGAGGUUGCCCUGCGUCGAGGAGCCUUUUACCUGGAGGGCGAGUUACUGAGCUCCAAAGAAAUCGUGGACCGGGUGAUUCUGGGGGAGUGGCCCUGCCUGAGGCCCACCAUCGACCCGCAGUGUCACAGCCCUGAGCUGGGUCAGCUCAUGCAGCGCUGUUGGGCCGAAGAGCCGACGGAGAGACCCGACUUCAACCACAUCCGCCUGCUGCUGCGCAAACACAACAAGUGA